UUCCGCCCCGCUCCGCUGCCUGCCGGGACGCGUAGUCCCGCGGCUCCGCGCCGCUCCCGGCCCGCUCCAGGUCCGCUCCCGGCCCCGCCGCUCGCUCCGCGCCGCCUUCGUGCCGUCCCCGCUGCUCCUCCUGCAGCUCCGACCCUUCGGUCCCCGCUUUGCCCGGCGCUGCCCUCCGGCCCCCCCAAAGCCCUGAACGAUGGAGAGGGAGCCCACCCUGCGCCUCCGUGUCUUCGAUCUCAACUGCUGGGCCAUCCGCUACCUGAGCAAGCGGCGGCAGGAGCGCGUGCGGCUCAUCGGGGACACGCUGCGCCGGGACAGCUUUGACCUGGUGCUGCUGCAGGAGGUGUGGAGCGAGCAGGACUACAGUGACCUGAUGGUGAAACUGGCCGGCUGUUACCCCUUCUCCCAUUAUUUCCGCAGUGGGGUCAUCGGGAGCGGCCUCUGCGUCUUCUCCAGGUUCCCCAUCCUGGACACGCUCCUGUACCAGUACUCCCUGAACGGGUACCCCUACAUGCUCCAGCACGGGGACUGGUUCUGCGGCAAGUCUGUCGGUCUYGUCGUCAUGAAGAUCUCAGGGAUCAUCUUCAAUGUCUACGUCACCCAYCUGCACGCCGAGUACUGCCGGGAGAAGGACGCCUACCUGCCCCACCGCCUGGUGCAGGCCUGGGAGCUGGCACAGUUCAUCCGACACACCUCAAAGGCAGCAGACGUGGUGCUGCUGGGAGGGGACCUGAACAUGCACCCUGAGGAUGUGGGCAUCCGGCUGCUGCGGGGCUGGACGGGGCUGCGGGACGCCUUUGCCGAGGCCAAGCACUUUGAGGGCUGCAAGAACGGCUGCACCCUUGUCCCUGACAACUGCUUCACUGAAAAGUCAGAGCUGCUGCCCUUCCCACUGGGCAUCCGCAUCGACUACAUCCUCUACAAGGCCAUCUCCAGCUUCACAGUGAAGUGUGAAGAGCUCAAGACCACCACGGGGCCAGCCCCAGGCGUGGACAUCCCCUUCUCGGACCACGAAGCCGUGAUGGCAACGCUGCACAUCCAGAGGCAGCCACAGGCUGAGGGGGCCACCCUGGGCACAGCUGAGCUGGUGCUGGCAGACGUGGUGGCCGAGGCACGGACGGAGGUGGGCGUGGGGCUGCGGGCGGCGCAGCGGCAGCGUUACUCCUCGGGCAGGAUGGCCGUGCUGGCCCUGCUGCUGCUGCUGCUCCAGGCCAUGGCAGCACUGGGCACGCUGGCCGGACUGGGCCCUGACCAGCCCUUCCCCAAGCUCUCCUUCUGCCUGCUGGCCUUCCUCGCCCUCGGCGUCCUCGUCCUCUCCACCGGCCUCCACCUGUUCCACACCAUGGAGGUGAAGAUGCUGCACGGCACCGAGGAUCAGAUGUGGAUGGCGCUGCGGGCGCUGCAGGAGCGUCCCAGUGAUGGCUGAGCU